UCAAUAGCGGACGCACCUUGCUACUCAAACUGCGCUCGCCGAGGGCGGAAGUGGACGAAACUUGAUGUUCGUUCACUUCCUGUCAGUGACGGUCGACGACGCUAAGGCGCUGUGUUCCUCCAUCCUGGUAUUUAGCUUCUCCAUCCUGGUCUCUCCGAAGUGCCCGGACCCAAAACAGGAAGUUGAUUAUGAACACAAUUGAAGAGGAUUCUGGCACUGUUACUUUGGAAGCUGUUAACUCUGUUACAUUAACUCAGGACUCCGACGGAACCAUUAUUCUUCAUUGUCCACAAGCUGAUGGCAUAGAUCAGGGAUCAGAUGAAAGUUUAGAGCCUUCACCUAAGAGAUUGUGUUUAUCAACUGAAGAGGAUGGGUCUACGGCAAGGAUUUCUGUCGUUACAGUGCCUAUUUCAGAAAAUGAUGAUAGUUUUGAGGUGACUAUGACUGCAACUACUGAGAUGACCGAAAAUGAAUUAAGUGAAGGAAGUGUUGCACAGAUACAGAUACUGCAAAGUGAUGGAUCAGUACCUUCUCAAAACAGGGAUGAUGUGUCUCCAGUAAGUCAAGCUUGGUUCACUACCAAAGAAGAUAAAGACACUCUAGCAAGCAAAGGUCAUAAAUGGAAGCAAGGAAUGUGGUCUAAAGAAGAAAUAGAUAUCCUUAUGAGCAAUAUUGAUCGUUAUUUAAAAAAACGUGGGAUACAAGACCCAACAGAAAUUAUUUUUGAAAUGUCCAAGGAUGAACGAAAGGAUUUCUAUCGAAGUAUCGCAUGGGGGCUCAACAGGCCACUGUUUGCUGUUUAUAGAAGAGUGCUCCGUAUGUAUGAUAACAGGAACCAUGUUGGAAAGUAUACGCCAGAGGAAAUUGAUAAGCUUAAAGAACUAAGAGAGAAGCAUGGAAAUGACUGGGCUACCAUUGGAGCAGCACUGGGAAGAAGUGCCUCUUCUGUAAAGGAUCGUUGUAGGCUAAUGAAAGAUACCUGCAAUACAGGGAAGUGGACAGAGGAAGAAGAACGGAAGCUGGCUGAGGUUGUGCAUGAGCUGACGGGCACUGAGCCAGGUCAUACUGUCACUCAGGGUGUUUCUUGGGCUUCAGUAGCAGAGAUGGUAGGAACCCGCUCUGAGAAACAAUGUAGGUCAAAGUGGCUUAACUACCUCAACUGGAAACAGAGUGGUGGAACAGAGUGGACUAAAGAAGAUGACAUCAAUCUUAUUAAAAGGAUUGCAGAACUAGAGGUGGAUGACGAGAAUGACAUCAAUUGGGAUAUUAUGGCUGGAGGUUGGAGCAGUGUUCGUUCUCCUCAGUGGCUACGAAGUAAAUGGUGGACCAUCAAAAGACAAGUUUCAAACCAUAAGGAUCUUCCUUUUCCCGUGCUCAUUAAAGGUCUUCAAGAUGUAGCUGAAAACCAACAGCCUGAUAUCAAAUUUGGUCUGGGCCCAAGAACAGGUGGAACUUCUCCUCCAGCAGUUCAACAAGUUCAGAUAAGAGUGGCUCGUCUGGAGGAAAGCAACAGUGUUUCACCAAGUUCCAUGACAGCUCUUCAAAUUCCUGUACAGAUUCCUGUCCAAAUCACACAUGUCUCUUCGUCAGAUUCAAAUCCAGGCGUUAAUGAUGCAGAAACAAUAACAUUAAAUUCUGGAACCUUACAGGCUUUUGAAAUCCUUCCCUCAUUUCACCUGCAACCUACUGGAACACCUGGCACUUAUUUUAUUCAAACUGGUUCAAAUCAAGCGUUGCCCCUUACACUUUCAGGCAGUCCAACAGUUACACUUACUGCAGCUGCAUCGCCUUCCUCUCCUGAACAAAUCAUUGUACAUGCUCUCUCGCCUGAUCACUUGCUUAGUUCAAGUGAAAAUGUUACUGUCCAGAUGCCUCAUCCAAGUGUGAUUAUUCGAGCAGUUUCAGAUGAUAUAACAUCCACUGUAAACCAGUCUGAACUAGCAGUUGAAGAUACUGACUUGAAUGAACCUCAGGAAACACUUCAAGUGGAUUCUUUUAGCACUGAUAUUCAUCAGGAGAAAACCAAUGAAAUCAAGGAUGGCCUUAAUGCUGCAAUUGGAAUUGAAGAGCUUGGCAGCCAUAGAUCAAACUAUAUUAACAAUAACAUUUCAAAAAGCAGUAAUGUUGCAGAAAGCAGGGUCUUGGACCAGGAAGAAGACCAGACUGAAACUUACACAACUGAGACAUUGAGGUCCUCAGCCUUGGAAGAGUCAGAUGGAGAUGCCAGAGUUGGGGAAGGAACAGUACUAAUUGUCUCAUCACCCAGUGGAUACAUACAGACAACAGAUGAUCUCGAUAAUGAUGCAGUUUUACCUCUGACAACACUAACAGAUCCCAUAUUAGAACAUCAGGGAGAUGGUUCAGACAUUAUUAGUUCAUCGCUGGACAGCCCUGAUCCAGAAGAUACAAAAGAUAUUGAACACUUAGUUGACUGCCACUGACUUUGGUCCUGUUCUCUCUACACUUGUUAAGUCUAUGUGAUAUGAUUUCUUUGUGACCAAUUUAGCAACAGUAUUAAAGGUUGGGUUUAAUCACUGUUUACACUAAGUCAUACUGUACAGCAAGCACAUGCUUCAUUUUUUAUGUCAUUUCACCGCAUAUGUGUCUGACAAAUUAACAAUUCCGAAAUUUUCUAAUUAUAGGUUAUACUACUGUAAGCCAGACAUUAGUUAAUAAAAUACCAACUGAGGACAAGGCAUGCACAUUUAUUUUUUUUUUUAAAGUACACAGGUAAAUUUGUUUACAUAUAAAAUAUACAGUAAAUCCAAAGAUUGUCUAAUGAGACUAUUUUUUCUUAAUGUUAUUACACAAUCUUUAGAGAAUUCAUGUACACACUAAGCAAAGAUGUGAUGAUAUAUGCUCCUUUACGUUUUUAUUUAUUUAAAAAAUUAAUGUUUAUAUUGCUUUAAUAUUUCUACCUAACAAGCACCUCGUUGCCCUGAUUACAGUUUUAUCAGUUAAUUCUCUUAUUAUUUUAUGAAAGGAAUAGACAUUAUUUCUCACAGUGCUACAUCAGUAGUGCCUAUGAUAUAUCCAACAAUAUUAGACCAUUUGGAGCUGCUAUAACUUUCCACAAGUUGUACACUCUUGGGGGAGGAUAAAGGAUGUGAUCUGACAUUUUUAAACAGCCACACAUUAAGCAUUUGUUAUAAAAAAAUAUGAUACUGAGUGCUGGGAUCAUGUUAUGUUCUGCUUUCAUUAAUGCCAAUAUUUUACUAGAACAGAAUGAGUAUGCACAAUAAAGCAAUAGCCGGCAGCUUCUACACUAAAGUUCUGUCCAUUGAAGGUCUUUAUUACUUAAGCACUGUGACAUGUACUUAAACAUAGUUGAGAGAUUUUAGGUGAAUUUAAAAGUGCUCUAAAUUGUUUCAGAAUACUAAAAGUCAUUUUUUUUUUAUUUAAAAGUUCCAAAGUUGUUUGCAUUGACAUGAUCAAUUUCCUCCACUCAUUUAAGUAAUAGAUGUUUUUAUUUAUUGUAUUUUUUAUUGGUUACAACUGACAAAAUUAGUGCCUGUUUAGUAUAUGGUAAUGACUGUCAGUUCACUUCAGAGAAAAUCAUUCACAAGUGUUAGAAUUACAUUUUGCAGUAUUGUUUUACUGAACUUUUUUUUUUUUCUCCUUUCGUACUUCUUUUUUUGAGUAAAAAAAUACUUUACACUUAAUGAAACAUGAGUAAGUUAAACCAAUUACUUUUUAAAGCUUCUCAUCAUGAUUUCUUACUUUUUUACAAAAAACUGAGGGAGUGAUAGCCAAAAGGGGAAUUUAUGCAUUAGCAACUGCCUCAUUCUUUGUAAUGGUCCUCCAUUAUACAGUAGAAUCAUCGCUAGCUACAUUUUGGGGGAGAAAACAGUCAAUGCAAUAUCACGGUGUGUUCAUAGAUUCAAAUAUAAUCAUCUUCACCUGUCAAUCCUGCGCAAGUCAUUUAUUACACGUGUGCUGUCAGUUGAAAGAACGUGCAGAUUGUGCUGUGCUGUUUAUGGAGUAGUUGUUUAAAAUCAUGUUCAUCAUGAAAUAUGCUUUACAGUACAGGGAUGUAUUUAUUACAUGACAAUCCAACUAGAGCAAAUUGUGUGUCUCCACCAGUGGUGAAAUUUUAACAACCUAAACUGCAGACAUUAUGUCAAAAAACAUCAAAGGAGGUUACAGAAUAGUGUACUUUAAAGUUGUAGCAAGUAACUAAUGCUGCAGACAGACAUUUAUUGUUUGUUAUUUAACUGCUUUCUUAAAAAUUUUCAGAUGGUAACUUUUUGGAAAGUUGCUAUUAUGAAAGUGAUUGAUAAAUAGAACAAAGAGUCUAUACAAUGUAUACUGCUCAAAAGAAUUAAAGGAACACUUUUUAAUCGGAGUAUAGCAUAAAGUCAAU